AUGUCGGUUGCUUUGAUCGAACACCCAGAAACGAUGGAUGAGAGUGGCCACAAGCCAAAAAUCGGCGGUUUACUCGAUCCUCGUAUGGGAACCAUCGAUCGAAAUUUCAAGUGCCAAACUUGCGGUGAAGGGAUGGCUGAAUGCCCAGGACAUUUCGGCCAUAUUGAGUUAGCAAAGCCCGUCUUUCAUGUUGUUGUCAAAAACGAACAAUCCCAACAACAACAAAUCGAAGCGAGUUUUGGUUUGAACAGGAAAAAAGCGCAUGGCGGAUGUGGGGGAAAACAACCGACUAUCCGGAGAGAUGGUUUGAAGUUGAUUGCUAAUUAUAAAAACACGAGUGGAAAGGACAAUGACGCUGCCCAAGAUAUGACACCAGAGAAAAAAGCUCUUGCUCCACUUGAUGUCUACAAUAUAUUCAAAAAUAUCAGUGAACAAGAUCUCCUCGAUAUGGGAUUGAGUGUUGAAUUCGCUCGGCCCGAUUGGAUGAUUAUAACGGUACUUCCGGUGCCGCCGCCGCCUGUUCGUCCCAGUAUUCAAAUGGACGGAACUAGUCGUGGUGAAGACGAUUUAACACACAAGUUAUCUGACAUUCUUAAAGCUAAUCAGAAUUUGCGAAGGUGCGAAUCGGAAGGUCAACCGAAACACGUGAUUGAUGAAUUCGAAUCUUUAUUGCAGUUCCAUUGUGCUACGUAUAUGGAUAAUGAUAUGGCAGGUCAGCCUCAAGCCUUGCAAAAAUCAGGAAGACCACUCAAAUCCAUUCGUGCAAGAUUAAAGGGAAAAGAAGGUCGUCUUCGAGGUAAUUUGAUGGGAAAACGUGUAGAUUUCUCAGCACGUACCGUUAUUACAGGUGACCCAAACAUCUCGGUUGACGAAGUCGGAGUGCCACGAAGCAUUGCGCGAAAUUUGACGUUUCCGGAAUUGGUCACACCUUAUAAUAUUGAACAUUUGCAAGAUCUUGUACGCAAUGGACCAAAUGAACAUCCCGGUGCCAAAUACGUUAUAAGAGAUACGGGCGAGCGAAUUGAUCUAAAACAUCAUAAACGGGCAGGAGAAGUACGUUUGCAAUUAGGCUGGAAAGUCGAAAGACACUUGAACGACGGUGACGUCGUCAUAUUCAAUCGUCAACCAUCACUACACAAAAUGUCAAUGAUGGGUCAUAAAGUUCGCGUGAUGCCAUUUUCCACUUUCCGUCUUAAUCUUUCAGUUACAAGUCCUUACAAUGCUGAUUUUGAUGGAGAUGAAAUGAAUAUGCAUGUGCCUCAAUCUGUAGAAACCAAAGCCGAAGUGCAAGAAAUUUGCAUGGUUCCAAAACAAAUCGUAUCACCGCAAUCCAACAAACCCGUAAUGGGAAUCGUACAGGACACUCUUUGUGCCAUUCGAAAAUUCACAAAACGUGAUUGUUUCCUAUCAAAAGAUUUAGUAAUGAACAUUUUAAUGUGGGUACCCGAUUGGGAUGGACGUAUCCCGCGUCCUUGCAUACUGAAACCUGUUCCGAUGUGGACGGGCAAACAGAUUCUCAGUAUGAUUAUUCCAAAGGGUAUUAAUUGUCACGGUUUCCACGCCGGACAUCCUGAAAAAGAGCCACCGGGCAAUUCACCUGGUGAUACUCAAGUAUUGAUUGAAGAUGGACAGGUGCUUUGUGGUAUUAUAUGUAAGAAGACGGUUGGUACUUCGCCUCAGGGUCUUAUUCACGUUAUUAUGAAUGAAUUGGGUCCCGAGGCAGCAAAGAAAUUUUUGAAUGGUUGUCAAACAAUAGUCAAUUACUGGCUAUUGCAACACGGUUUCAGUAUUGGUAUUGGCGAUACAAUUGCAGAUAAAGAGACAAUGGACACGAUUACUUCCACAAUCGGUGCAGCAAAGUCUCGUGUACAAGAAAUCAUAUUAAAAGCACAACAAGACAAUCUAAAAUGUGAACCAGGAAUGACAAUUCGAGAAUCUUUUGAGCAUCAUGUCAACAAAGAACUCAAUACUGCACGUGACUCAGCUGGACGUAGCGCGGAGAAAAGUUUACGCGAAGAAAAUAAUGUAAAACAGAUGGUGGUUGCCGGUUCAAAAGGGUCUUUUAUUAAUAUCUCGCAGAUGACUGCUUGUGUGGGUCAACAGAACGUCGAAGGUAAACGUAUCCCAUUUGGCUUUAAAUUCCGUACUCUGCCACACUUUACCAAAGAUGAUCAUAGCCCUGAGAGUCGUGGAUUUGUUGAAAACUCUUAUUUGAGAGGAUUGACUCCGACAGAAUUCUUCUUCCAUGCUAUGGGUGGUCGAGAAGGUUUGAUUGAUACUGCUGUCAAAACAGCCGAAACUGGUUAUAUUCAACGUCGAUUAGUUAAGGCGUUAGAGGAUGUAAUGGUUAAAUACGAUGGAACUGUACGUAAUUCACUGGGUGAUGUUAUUCAAUUUUGCUAUGGAGAAGAUGGUAUGGACGGAUGUUUUGUUGAGAAACAAACUCUCGAUUCACUGAAUCUAAAUGAUAACGAAUUCGAGAGAAAAUAUCUCGUCGACUUGACAAAUCCUGCCUACACAUUCACUUCCGGCUCGCUAGCUCCUAAACUCGAAAACCUUUUACAACAAGAAAGCGAAGCCCGAACCCUACAAAACUUCUUCCAAAAAGAAUGGAUUCAAUUACAAGAAGACCGAAGAAUGUUGCGUGAUUUCAUCUUCCCUCACGGCGACAAUAAAUGGCCAUUGCCGGUGAACAUCAAACGUCUCAUAAAAAAUGCUCAACAGAUGUUUAGUUAUGAUAUUAAAGAGGGAAGUGAUCUACAUCCGAUUAUCAUGUUGAAUAGUAUGCAAGGACUACUUGAUCAGUUACAUGUUGUUAAUGGUGACGAUAAGAUCAGCCAGGAGGCACAAUACAAUUCGACAUUGUUGUUCAAGAUUUUAUUACGCUCUGUUCUUUCAUGUCGUCGUGUGAUUGAAGAAUAUCAUCUUAAUUCGAAGGCGUUCAAAUGGUUGGUCGGUGAAAUUCAACACAGAUUCCAAAAUUCAUUGGUUGCACCUGGUGAAAUGGUUGGCACUAUUGCCGCUCAAUCAAUCGGUGAACCAGCCACUCAAAUGACACUAAACACCUUCCAUUACGCUGGUGUAUCGAGUAAAAAUGUGACACUUGGUGUACCUCGUUUGAAGGAAAUCAUUAACGUAGCAAAGAACAUUAAAACACCAUCAAUUCACGUAUACCUGAAUGGAAGAUACGCCAAAGACAUGGAACUCGCAAAAGAAAUUCAAAGUGCUAUCGAAUACACGACACUCAAAACAGUCACACAAUGCACAGAAAUUUGGUAUGAUCCUGAUAUUCAGACAUCGAUAAUCGAAGAAGAUCGAGAAUUUGUGGAACUUUAUUAUCAAAUGGAAGACGACGACACGACUGUAAAUAAUUACACGCAAUCGCCGUGGGUUCUUCGAUUUGAACUUGGUCAUAGUGUAAUGCUUGACAAAAAACUUCCUAUGGACAUGGUUGGCAAUAAAAUUCAAGAUCAUUUUCGGCGUGAUAUUCACGCAAUAUGGAAUGACGAUAAUAACGAAAAGAAAAUUAUUCGGUGUCGUAUUCUCAAUGAAAUGUCCAAAGAAAAUGUUGACGAAGAUGGUGGCACUCAUUCCACUACUGAAGAAGAUGUAUUUCUCAAACGGCUCGAGAAUAACAUGCUUGGCACUAUCGGUCUUCGUGGUAUUAAGGGCAUAAAUCGUGUGUACUUAAUCCAAACAAAAAAGACUCAAGUAUCUGUGAAUAACCAAGGACAAAUCGUCAAAGAGGACGAGUGGACACUAGAGACUGAUGGCACUAAUCUGCAACAGGUGUUGUGUGUUGAACAUGUAGAUCAUAAACGCACCUAUUCGAACAAUUGUGUUGAAAUUAUGCAAGUUUUGGGAAUUGAAGCGACUCGUGCAGCUCUCUUGAGAGAGCUUCGAGGGGUUAUUGAAUUUGAUGGUUCAUAUGUUAAUUAUCGUCAUUUGGCACUUUUGUGUGACGUGAUGACGUCUCGAGGUCAUUUAAUGGCUAUCACUCGUCACGGAAUAAAUCGCGCAGAAACUGGUGCUUUAAUGAGAUGUUCAUUCGAAGAGACUGUGGAAAUUUUAAUGGAUGCCGCGGCCGCUGGUGAGAUUGAUGAUUGCCGAGGUGUCGCCGAAAAUAUCAUGUUGGGACAAGUUGCACCUUUGGGAACCGGAGAAUUCGACAUUUAUCUCGAUGAUGAGAUGCUAAAGACUGUUGCCCCUCCGCCAGACGGACAAAGCAAAUUACCAGAGGUGAAUAUGAGCAUGGAUUAUCGUCGUUCAGGUGCAAUGACUCCAGGACGCAUGACUCCCGGAAACAUGACCCCCUACAAAGCGGGAGGUCAAUCACCCUUCGCGCCUGAAUCUCCACAAUGGAUUGGCAAUAACCGAUCACCAAAAUAUAUAGAUUUCUCAAGACCAGGCACACCUGUAUUCUCACCAAUAGCCGAGGACUCGCGAACUCCUGCAAUGACUUCAAUGACCGAUCCAGGCAGUUCGCAUGGAUACAGUCCAUUCAAUAAUACUGCAUCUAGUCCAUUUAAUCCCAAUGAAUAUUCUCCUACUUCACCUACAUCAUUCUCGCCUGCCAGUCCUGCUUAUAGUCCUACUAGCCCAAGCUAUUCUCCCACGAGUCCCUCUGCAUCAUAUUCAGGUGCUGCGGGUGGUGUCCUAAUGAAUGGAGCUGGACUGAGUGCCGGUGGCAGCAGUGCUCUUGUACGAGGUGGCCUUGGUCGCAAUGGCGUGCUUCGUCCUUCUGCUACCACACCAUUAAAUAAUUACGCGGUAACCAGUCCAACUUAUUCACCUACAAGUCCCUCAUACUCUCCAACAUCACCAAGUUAUUCGCCUACCUCGCCCAGCUAUUCACCCACAUCACCAAGUUAUUCACCCACAUCACCAAGUUACUCGCCUACCUCGCCGAGCUAUUCUCCUACCUCACCGAGUUAUUCGCCAACCAGUCCUUCAUAUUCACCAACAAGCCCUUCAUAUUCACCUACCUCACCAAGUUAUUCUCCCACAAGUCCAUCUUAUUCUCCUUCGAGUCCUGCUUAUAGUCCUACAUCGCCACAGUAUUCACCUACUUCUCCAUCUUAUUCACCAACAUCUCCUACAUACAAUCCAACAUCUCCUUCAUAA